AACAUUUACAACUUUACAAUAAUUAACACUUGAUUGCAUCGCAGAAAAUCCAGCAUGAGGUGAAGAAAUGUGUGCGUGAGUUCUGCGUGUUCAAAUUAACGAUGGACUUCCGGGCGAGCGGAGCGCCACACCAGCGAAAAACACAAAACAACCGGAAGCAGCACCAGUGUGAUUGACAGGUGGGCUCACCCACUCACACUCAGCUACGCACCCUUAGUGGGCGGGGCCCCGCUACGUUAUUUGUGCUAUUCGCUAAAGCACGUACGCUGAGACGUGACGUUUGACGCUGUGGCUGGCAGCCGCGCAUGCGUGCGUAUCUGUCAGUCAAAGGACUUUUAAAUGGCCUCGUAGGCCGGGAGCCCCGGUGCUCGGUAAUAACGGCGUUAUUCAGGACAUCAGCCCCGUGAAUAGCGUGUCCGCGCGCCGCGGGAGGCCCCCUGUGCCCGGCGGGGUCGACACUGUCCGGUCAGUGCGGUGAAAAUGAGCGACGAGGACGAAACCGCGCAGAGAGCGCGCCGCGGGUUCGAGGAGCUCUGCAGGGCGCUGAACAUGGACGAGGAGGCGAGCGGGGAGGCGUGGGGGAGCUACGAGAACAUCAGCAGGAACUUCACCCUGGAGGGCAGCGAGCUGCACUGGUUGGCGUGCGCCCUCUACGUGGCCUGCAGGUCGUCUGUGCCCACGGUAGGAAAAGGCACGGCCGAGGGGAACUACGUCUCUCUGACCCGAAUCCUGCGCUGCUCCGAGAUGAGCCUCAUCGAGUUCUUCAGUAAGAUGAAGAAGUGGCAGGACAUGGCUGACCUGCCGCCGGACUUCCGUCAGAGCACCGACAAGCUGGAGAGGAACUUCAUCGUGUCCGCCGUCAUCUUCAAGAAGUACGUCCCCAUCUUCAAAUCCAUCUUCAGGGCGCCGUCAGAGGAGCCGCCGCGAGUGCACCGCAGCCGCAAGCAGAGACGCCACCCGUGCACCGUGACCGAGGUCUUCAACUUCUGCUGGGUGCUGUUUGUCCACGCCAAAGGGAACUUCCCCAUGAUCAGCGACGACCUGGUGAACUCGUACCACCUGCUGCUGUGCGCCCUCGACCUCGUCUUCACCAACGCCCUGCUGUGCAACGCCAGGAAGGACCUGCUGAACCCCGAGUUCAAAGGGCUUCCUGAGGACUUCGGCACCAAGGACUUCCGGCCGGCCUCGGGCCCGUUCUGCUUCAUGGAGCAGCUGUGCCAGUUGCACGACGGCCUGGUGCUGGAGGCCAAAGGGGUCAAAGAGCACUUCUGGAAACCCUUCAUCAAGAAGCUCUUCCACAAGAGGAUUCUCCGAGGAAAGGAGGACAGUCUGACCGGCUUCCUGGACCCCAUGAACUUUGGAGACAGUCUUUUGGCGCUCAGCCGCCUGUACGAGGAGCACGUUUUGGCCACAGGCAGCUUGGACGAGAGGAUCUUCACCGGCGAGGGAGCGAGCGAGGACAUUGGCACCCCGGGGCCCUGCCUGUGCGAGGGGGCGGAGCACCAGAACAGCGCCACCUUCAGGCUCCACACCAGCCUCGCUGCCUCGGCUCUGAAAGUCUCCACCCCACUGACGGGCAGGAAGUACGUGCAGGAGGGCAGCCUGGCGUCUCCGCUCUCCUCCGCCAUGAAGAGCGUGGGGCGUCUCCACACGCUGCUGUCGGGCACCAAGCAGGGGCCGAGCGCCAAGCUGGCCGAGACGCUCAGGAGCUGCGCCAGAGACCCGAGCAACGCCAUCAGCCGGCGCCUGAACGACAUGUUCGACGUCUUCUCCCAGCACUACGAGGACGGCGCCACAGACGGGGGCAGGGCCAUGGGCAAAGACAUGGCGGUGAAGUACUUCCACCUGGCAGAGGCGCUCUACUACAGGAUCCUGGAGUCAGUCAUCGAGAGAGAGAAGAUGAUUCUGGGCGACGCCGACCUGUCUUGUAUUCUGGAGCAGGAUAUCUUCCACCGCUCUCUGCUCGCCUGCUGCUUGGAGAUCGUCAUCUUCUCCUACAGACCUCCUGGAGAUUUCCCCAACGUGCUCGGCAUCUUCCAGCUGCCUGCCUAUCACUUCUACAAGGUGAUUGAGGUGCUGGUGCGGGCGGAGCAGGGUCUGUUUCGGGAGGUGGUGAAGCACCUGAACCAGGUGGAGGAGCAGGUCCUGGAGAGUCUGGCCUGGACUGGCGAUUCCCCGCUGUGGGAGAGCCUCCGUGGGGCCAAAGACCACGCCCCCAGCUGCCAGGAGGUGAUGCCUCCUCAGUACCUGGAGCAGCAGGAUGAGAGCAGCUCCGGCAGCGUUCCCGUCACUCCGGUCAGCCACGGCGCCGAGCUCAGCAGCAGCAGCACGCUCAAAGGUGUGUCCCCCUCCCCAACCACCCUGUUGGACCGUUACAGCUCACCGCCGGCCAGCACGGCUCGCCGCCGUCUCUUUGUUGACCCCGUGGACAGCGAGCCCGGCCUCGCCUCCAGUGGCUCCGCCAGCACUGCUGUCGCCAAGCCCACCCAGGCGAGCCUCGUCACGGCCAUCCCGGCGGGACAGACUGUGGUCACUAUGGCAACUGCCACCGUGACCGCCAACAACGGGCAGACAGUGACCAUCCCUGUGCAGGGGAUAGCCAAUGAGAGUGGAGGGAUUACCUUCAUCCCGGUGCAGGUGAGCGUGACAGGACAGGCUGGUGCCGCUCUGCAGCCGCUGCCCCCGCAGGCGCUCGCCGGCACCAUCGCCGUGCAACCAGCCACUGUCAAGCCGGCCCCUAAACCAGCCGGCGGCGCGCUGAGGAAGGGCUCGCUGUCACUGUUCUUCAGGAAGGUGUACCACCUCGCCAGCGUCCGCCUCCGAGACCUGUGCGCCCGACUGGACAUCAUGCCGGAGCUCCGGAGGAAGAUCUGGACCUGCUUCGAGUACUCGCUGGUCCACUGCACGGACAUGAUGAUGGACCGACACCUGGACCAGCUCCUCAUGUGUGCCGUCUACGUCAUGGCCAAGGUGACCAAAGAGGACAGAUCCUUCCAGAACAUCAUGAAGUGUUACCGCUCUCAGCCUCAGGCCAGCAGCAAUGUCUACAGGAGCGUGCUGAUCUCAGGGAGGAGGCGUCACUCCAGCACCAACAAACCGAACCCGCUCACAGACGGCAGCCAGGACGCAGCAGGUGGCGACGUCAGCCCGGUCCCUAUUCGCUCCAGCAGCACCUUACCCACCCCCCAGCCCGGCAGCGCCCCCUCCACGCCCACAAACACCUCCAACAAGACCUCGUGCACGUCCACCGCCAAUGCCGGGGAGGAGGAGCAGGAGCGAGGGGACCUCAUCCACUUCUACAACAACGUGUAUAUCAAGCAGAUGACGCCCUUUGCUCUGAAAUACUCGCCAAACUCGCUGUCUGCAGGGGUCGAGACCCCCCCUCUGUGUCCGUACCCUUCCGUGAGGACCGGCUCUCCCCGCCGGAUGCUUCUGUCCAGCAAACACUCCAUCUACAUCUCGCCUCACAAGGCAGGCUCCGCCCCCUCACUGAUGACCCCCAGGGAAAAGAUUCACUACUACAUCUGCAGCAGCCCCCCCAACCGUCUCCAGGAGAUCAACAGCAUGAUCCGCACCGGAGAGACUCCGACCAGGAAGCGUGGCAUGGCUCUGGAGGAGGGAGCCUCGCCCAAACGCGUCUGUCCCGACUCCAACGCUCUAAUGCGCCGCCUGCAGGACGUCGCCAACGACCGCAGCUCCUCCCAGUGACGCACGCAGACACAGACGGAGUGUUUUACUGUGAAGGAGCAGCUUCCUGUGUUUUAGUCGUAUUUUCCUUUCUGUUUUUAACAUCAAUGUUUUAAAUCUGUCGGUUUGGUCUUAAACUUCGUGGCGUGCGUGUUUCGUCUCCUUCGCUGUCCCAUGUCUGUAAAUACGUGUACAGAAGAGCAAAGAGAAGCUAUUUAAUGGAGCUCACAGCUGUAAGUUAAGUGCCUUUAUUUUGUACUGUUUACAUCCUGCAGGCGUUUCCUUGGUUACAGGCUCCUGAUGUAAAAACAAUAAACUGUGUGAACUGAGCCGGC